AAAUAACCCAUCGCGGAAAGUGCUGCCUCAGCAGACUGUGCUCCCAUCAGCCCCUCCCUGGUGCUCACGGGCAGCAUUUGUGCCUUGUGUGUGUCUGUAGCCUGUGGGUGCGUGUGUCUGUGUGUGUGAGCCCACUCGGUCAUUUUCCCUGGCUCUGGAGGUGAACAGAGAGUUUAGAGUAGUCUUUCUUCAGGACAAUGGGGAGGGAUACACAAGAGGGACGUAUCCCACCGUGUUCUGUUUGUGUUAGAGGCUUCAAAAAAGGGAGUUUGAACCUGGACAAGGAACAAUGCUGACGUCUGGUGGAAAUGAUACUUCAAGGUAGAAGUGUGGAGUUUCGUUUCAGUGCUUUUGGUUACCAUCCUUCAGAUCACUACAAAGCUGGAUUUUCCUAUACCUGGGAGCAACAGUCAUGACUGCUGAGUGUGUUUAUGUUUCUAUGGACCAAAGCCCACCACGUUUUUGUCGGGGAGCCAAAAACAUGUUAUUGUACUCAAACAAAUGAGAAGUUGGACUGGCCGACAGCUGACACGAGGUACACUCCCAUUCGAAUAACAGACUGGCUGCUGCUGCACUGGAAUUUGAUCUUCACACUUGAGCUCAAUCUGCUGCUGUCAAGGUGGACAGGAAACAUCUGCGUGACUGCAUUUCUGCCGUGUUUUUUCUCAAGGGCUGGUGCCUGAAGCAGAAACAUGUGAUGUACAGUGUGUGAGAAACGCUUCCAGAAAAACUUGCGCAGGACCAAACAUCACGGCUGCAGAGGGACGCGUGGAGGGACUGUUCAUUCAGGAGAGAAGCAGCUUUAUUAUGAGAGAUCAUGCUGGAGCGUCUAAACAGAGGGUCUUGGAUUUUGUCUUUUCCAGUUAAUUUUGUAAACGGCGCAGUUUCCUUUUACUGUAGCACAGAAUCUGUCGCGUGUCCUUAGUCUAUCUGUGGCAGGAAGGAAACACAAUAAGCAAUGCGAACGCAGCACUUUCCUUCUGACUGGCAGCGCUGGGUUUAAAGUUGAAACUCUGUUGCUAAGGCUGAAUCAUAGUUUUGUUUGCAUUUGACAACUUUUAAUAGCGGAACCUCUCGUCAACAAAGAAGCCAAAGAUGUUGUCAGAUCAUGAAAGCUUCUGAAUGGUGUUCUGCCUCCAGCUUUGAUCCCACAGCCUGGAUAUUUCCCAAUCUGUGAGGACUAACAUCCGGGCUGUAUUUGUGUCUCUGGACUUUGCAUUAGGUCCGAGUGGAAUGUUUGGACAUCUGUAUCUCCAGAUGUGCGUAGAUGCGGGAAGAAAAGCUGCAUACUGUGGAUGACACACACACACACACACACACACACACACACACACACACACACACACACACACACAUACAUACAGAGCCGUGCAGCUGACGUCCACGCAGCCAAUCAAACUGAUCAAUGGAGUGUUCAUAUGGUCAGACAGCUGGUCUUCAUGAAGAACUGUCCUGUAAUGAAAAUCCAAUAGUGAUCUCCUCCUAUUCCUUACAGUUAGAUUCAAACUGCAUUGAUGGUGGCAGCGGCAACUAUGACAUAGUGAAUAAUGCAGUGGUCUCAACACCUGGCCCACAAAAUUACAGAGCGCAAAAUGUGUCUUUACGGCAAAGCUGGGAGAUGAACUACCAGGAGGCAGCGAUCUACCUGCAGGAAGGAGAGAACAACGACAAGUUCUUCACCCACCCUCGGAACCCGAAGGCGCUGGCGGCGUACUUGUUUGCCCACAACCACGUGUUCUACAUGAUGGAGCUGCUGACCGGCCUGUUGCUGAUGAUGCUGUCCCUGUGUGAAGCCCCCGCCGUGCCUUCACUGCGCCUGGAUGUCUACGUCCAUGCUACGCUGGAGCUGCUGGCUUUGGUUAUUGUGGCGUUCGAGCUGUGCAUGAAACUCCGCUGGUUGGGCUUCCACACCUUCAUACGACAUAAAAGGACCAUGGUGAAGACCUGCGUGUUGCUGCUACAAUUUGUGGAGGCCAUCGUGGUUCUGAUAAGACAGACAUCUCAUGUGCGAGUGACCAGGGCUCUCAGACCCAUAUUUCUGGUGGAUUGUCGAUACUGCGGUGCAGUGCGCAGAAACCUGCGUCAGAUCUUCCAGUCUCUUCCACCGUUCAUUGACAUCCUCCUGCUGCUGCUCUUCUUCAUGGUUAUAUUUGCUAUCUUGGGUUUCUGUCUCUUCUCUCCAAACAGUGCUGACCAGUACUUCAACACCCUGGAGAACAGCCUCGUCAGUCUGUUUGUGCUGCUGACCACAGCCAAUUUCCCUGAUGUGAUGAUGCCAGCAUACUCGAAGAACCGCUGGUCCUGUGUCUUCUUCAUUGUUUACCUCUCCAUAGAGCUUUACUUCGUCAUGAACUUGCUCCUGGCUGUGGUGUUUGACACAUUUAAUGAUGUUGAGAAAAUGAAGUUUAAAUCUCUGUUGCUUCACAAACGCUCCGCCAUCGACCACGCCUUCCAGCUGUUAGUCAGUCGACAGAGGCCGAUGGGCGUGUCGCUGAAACAAUUCGACGGCCUUAUGCGGUUUUACAGGCCACGCAUGUCUGCGAGAGACCGCUUCCUUACUUAUAAAGCACUCAACACCUCAGGGACUGCAAUGCUCAGUCUGCAGGACUUUUAUAAAUUCUAUGAGGUCAUUGGCCUUAAAUGGAAGGCACGACGCAGUGGUGAACACUGGUUUGAUGAGCUUCCUCACACAGCCUUCCUUAUAUUCAAAGGCAUCAACCUGCUUGUGAAAUCAAAGGCCUUCCAGUACGCCAUGUAUGUGGUGGUGGCCAUCAAUGGUGUGUGGAUCCUGGUGGAGACGUACACACUGAAUAGUGGAUUUUCCUGGUCCAGAUUUGUUCCCUGGAGUUAUAUUGUUUUCCUGACCAUUUAUGGUGUAGAGGUGUUAUUGAAAAUAACAGGAUUGGGGCCCAUGGCUUAUUUCAGCUCUGGCUGGAAUCUGUUUGACUUCUCUGUGACGGUGUUUGCCUUCUUGGGGCUGAUCGCUCUCGCGUUCGACAUGGAGCCAUUUUACUUUAUUGUUGUGCUCAGACCUUUUCAGCUGCUUCGGUUGUUUAAGAUAAAGCAGCGCUAUCGAAAUGUGUUGGACACCAUGUUUGAGCUCUUCCCCAGAAUGGCAAGUCUGGGCUUGACAUUAAUCAUCUUCUACUACUCCUUUGCAAUAGUAGGAAUGGAGUUUUUUGCAGAUGUGGUCUACCCCAACUGCUGCACCAACAGCACAGUGGCAAGCUCCUACCGACAGCGCAACAUCACAAUUGGCAAUAAAACCGAGUUGGAUGAAGGAUAUUAUUACCUUAAUAACUUCAACAACAUUCUCAGCAGCUUUGUGACUCUGUUUGAAUUGACUGUUGUCAACAACUGGUACAUUACCAUGGAAGGUGUAACCUCCAUGACCAGCCACUGGAGCCGUCUGUACUUUAUGACCUUUUACAUAGUUACCAUGGUGGUGAUGACCAUUAUUGUAGCAUUCAUUCUGGAUGCAUUUGUGUUUCGGAUGAACUACAGCCGCAAAAACAGAGAGCCACUGGAAAACCCAGAAGAUGAAAACGGAAUAGUGUUUGAAGUAGAAGUAAGUCGAGACGAAGCUCUGGCCACGCUGGAGCUGUACAAACAGAUUUGCCCAGGCCAGUCCUCCCUCAGCUCCCUGACGAGGGUCCUACAGGCUAUGGACAGAAGUGGGCACACGUCUCUGGUUUACCUGGGCCGCAGGUCCAGGACCAAGAGUGACCUCAGUAUGAAAAUGUAUGAGGAGGAGAUGCAGGAAUGGUAUGCAGAAUACUCCAGGGAAAGCUUGCCUCAACCUGACCAAAGCCUGGAGCGGGAGCUGGACAGUCCCGUCUCUGACCCGUGUCCCUUCCCAGAGCCUCGGCUCAACUCUCACACUGGACCUCGCAGCAUCAACUGAUGCUCAGUGUGCAUCAUCUCAGUAUUUUUAUAAAGCUAAAAGUAUUACUCGAGGUAUUCUCAAGUUCAACUGUCGUUAUCUGCCCCGGUGGGAAGCUAGUCUGGAGACUGUUGGACUGAUGUGACAGUGAGGCUGGUACUGAAGCACUGCAGUUACAGUUCCUGUGGCUCAGAUCGGUGCAUUGAGCACUGCCCCUUUUCAUUGGUGUUUAAAAGAGUCUGGCAAAUGUUGAGGGAACCUGAACUACUACAUGUUGUGUACAUGUACUGCAGUAGGCCUCUUGUGACUUCACAUAGAACUUAAUCCUGAUGCCGUAGUUUAAUAACGGCUGAUAUUAACAAACACUACUAAGUUCUCUAAAGACCAAAAGAACCAAGACUUACACUCCUUUUAGCUCAACCCAACAGAAUAACUAGUGUUAUUUCUGGACUAAUGUGUCAGCAGGAUCAAAGUAUUUUACUUUUAUAUAACUUCUUUUUCUGUAUUGUAUUUGAGUUAGUUAAAAAAAUAAAUACAAAAAAUUAAUAAACAAGUUAACUUAAGCGA